AUGUUGGUCCAAUUUUCAUCAUGUUCCAAAACAUCCGCUCCUGCUAGAAGCCUGCUGGCAGUGAUGGAGUGCAGCAAGGAAGAGGUGUCUACCUUCCUUCACUCUGUGCUCAGCUGCGAAAAAGGGGGCAUACCUCUUUCUAGGCUGCAAGAGGAGUAUACAGUGCUCAUUGGCAGCCCCAUUCCAUACAAGAAGUUUGGCUAUGACACCCUGGAGGCAUUCAUCGGGAGCAUUCCCAAUGCGGCCACCAUUCGCAAGCGUUCCCGGGACACGGUGGUGGAGGCGGUGACAAAGCCGUCCACGGCCCACAUGGCCCACCUGGUGGCCGGACAGAAGGCGGCGGCCAAGGACAAGCCACUCCUGCGCCCCGGCCGGCACCCGGCACCGCGGCAGGCGCCGAGCGUGCGGUUUGCGUCGUACCAGAGCCUCCUAGACGGCCAGACGGGGAGCCCCGUGCGGCCGGCCGGCAGCGCCCCCCUCAACCCGGCGUCCAGGCAGCCCGUUGUCCAGCGCAGGCACAGGGGCCUCCCCCAGCUGAAGCCCGGCGGCCGGCUGGAAGUGGCUCCCCGCUUCCAGCGGCGCUCCAACGGCCUGCCCUCCCCCGUGCCCCCCGACAGCCCAGCCGGCCAGGAUGGCGCCGAGAGGGUCCAGGGGACCCCGUCGCCCCUCUUGUUGCCCCUCCUGUCGCCCGUGGCACCCGUCACACCCCCAGGUCGCUCGUGCCGGGAGCUGGUGGAGGAGCUUGCGGAGCGGAGGGGGCUGAAGGCUUCGUUCAGCGUGCUGAGCAGCCGCAGCUCCAAGCAGGGCCCCCUGACGUGGCUGGCCAGCGUGCGGCUGGACGGGCAGACCUUCCAGUCGUACCCGGAGGAGUUUGAGUCCCGGGAGGCGGCCCUAGAGGAAGCUGCCCGCAGGGCCCUGCAGGGCCUGGGACAGGGCUUGAAGCAAUUGCUGCCGGAGACUCCAGCUUCUAGUCCGCAGCAGGUGGAAUGCCUCCUGGGUCGAAUCAAGGAGCUGGUGUCCCAGAAGCCCAACGGCUUGUGGAGCAUAGUGAUUCCGGACAUGUACAGAGAGCAGUACCACGAGACGCUGCCCAAGAACUGGCUGGACCUGGUCAAGUCGGCCAGCGUUGUCAGCAUCACCCAGUUUGGAGACGGCCGCUGCGUCCUGGAACCCCGGUGGAGCGGCUCCCCCGGUUGCCCCGUGCCGGGCGAGCGGGGGUCGCAGCCCGAGGGGCGGAGCUCGGACAGCGACACGAGCUCCACGUCGGGCACCUUCUCGGAGCCGCUGCCCUUCCCGGACGGCAGCUACUGGGACGUGUUUGUGACCUAUGCGACUGGCACCGACAACGUCUUCUUCCGGCUCGUGGACCAGUCCGAGAGCUACGACCAGCUGGCGGCGGAGAUGGACGCCUUCUACGCCUGCCAGAGCCUGCCGGUCUCGGAGCUGGUGGAGUCGACCGUGUACGCGGCCCAGGUGGAGGGCAGCUGGUUCCGGGUGCAGCUGGUCCAGGCCGGCCGGGGAAAGGCGGACUGCUACUUCGUGGACCACGGCGACAUUGAUGCGGUGGACGUGUUGAAGCUGCAGGAGUUGGAUCCCCGGUUCUUGAGCCUCCCCUUCCAGGCGGUGCAGUGCCGCCUGGACGACCUGCUGGAGUUUGCGGGAGACGAGCGGGCCGGGAGCCUCCUGGCGGACCUGGUGGUGGGCAAGUGCCUGGUGGCCGAGGUGGUCAGCAGGGACGAUCCGAUCACUGUGAUCCUGUACGACACGACCACCGAGGCGGACGUGAACCUCAACGCCCUGCUCUGGAGGCAGCUGCUCAGCCCGGCCUUCCCCGAAGCGGGGGUCAUUGUCCGGGCCAGGCUGACCCACGUGGCCCCGGGGGGGGACCUCACCGUGCAGCUGUUGGGGCCCGGCUCUCGGGCACUGGAACGCCUCAUGGACAGCGUGGGCUCCUACAUCGGGGACGCCCAACCCGUGGCAUCGCCGAGCAAGUCGAGGCUGUACGUCCACCGGCAGAUGGCAUCCGGGACCUUCUGUCGCGUCGCCCUCCUCUCCGAGCCAUGCUCCGGGCAGCAGCGGGUGCACGUGAGGUGCGUCGACCUGGGGACGGAACUCUGGGUGGAGCCUGGCAGCCUGUACGACCUGGAGGCAUUUGGGGACAGCGUGGCCCGUCUUCCCCACCAGGCCCUGGCGUGCCGCCUGGGGGAGGUGCAUCCGUGGACGGAGAGUGCAACUGUGCGGCUCACCCAGCUGGUGCCCCCGGACCUGGAGCUGCUCGUCAAGGUGAUGAGCCCCGCCCGGGAGGACCGUCCCACUCUGGUCGCAUUCUUCAAGCGCACAGAGCCCCACAACGAGCUGGUCUCCAUCAACGCCUCCCUGGCCGUCUCUCUGCAGGCUGACAGGCUGGACGACAGAGCUCCGAAGCGGGUGCUGCCCUUGGCGAGGCUGUCGUCGCAGACUUCGCUGGAGAGGAAGGUGGAGGGGGUUGAAUGGCGUGCCGAGGAGGAGGAAGAUGAGGGGGAGGCGAAGCUGCCCCCGCUGGUGGCCCCUGCCCUGCCCCCCGUGGGGGACUACCUGGACGUGAACGUGAUGGUGGCCGCCAACCCCCUCAACUUUGUCUGCCAGCCCUGGCUCAACGGAGGACAACUCAGCCAGCUCAUGGCCGAGAUGCAGGCCUUCUACGCCGCUGAAGGCAGCAGCGCGUUUCCGGAAGGCCUGCCAGAAGCCCUUCUACGCAGAGGACGGUUCUAUGCUGGCUGCCACACCGACAAGUGCUGGUACCGAGUGUUAGUUCACCAGGUCCAGGAGCCCCUGAUGGCGAGCGUGUACUUUGUGGACUACGGGGACUACAGCAUGAUGCGGCCGUCGGAGCUGCAGCCCCUGUGGCGCCGCUUCAGGGAGCUGCCCGUGCAGGCUGUGCCCGCUUCGCUGGACAGAGUGGCGCCCGUGCAGAGCGACUGGAGCCCGGUGGACUGCCUCAACUUCCGCAACCUGGUGCAGGAGCGGCAGUUUGUGGCCCGCAUUGUGGCCAAGCUGCCCGACGACCGGACGGGCGUCCAGGGCGCCCACAGGCUGGUGGUGCGCCUCGUGGACACCUCCACCGACAGGGACGUGCAGCUGGACGAGCUCCUGGUGCAGCGCAACAUCGCUCGCAUUGUCCAGUCCUAGGAGCUCCUCAGGA